GUCCAUUAAACCGACGGAGACAGCAUGGCUUCUUGUUCUUUAUUGCCAUUGUGACCUACCGGUAUUCCUGACCGUCCAAGCAAAGAGAGGUGGAGGAGAAGGUCUUAACAGCGAACAGACGCAGAUAUGCAGGGACUUCGCUUGCUGCUUCAGCUGCAGCUGCUACUGCUGCUGCUUCGGCUAUCAGUGCUUCCUUCUCCUGCUACUGCUGCGCAGCUUGGUGACAUCUGCGUGUCGAAUGAAAACUGCGACGCCGGGCUGCAUUGCGAGACAUGCGUCGCCAGCGGCAACGGGUUGUUCAGGUGCACGCGAAUUCAGCCCUCCGAUCCCAAAUCGAAGGGGACCGGUUUGCCGUUUAAUAGGUACUCGUGGUUGACGACUCACAACUCGUUCGCGAAACUCGGUCAGAAAUCGCGCACCGGAACGCCCGUGAUCACCCUGGAGAACCAGCAGGACUCCAUCACCGAUCAACUCAACAACGGCGUAAGGGGGUUGAUGUUGGACAUGUACGACUUCCUGGACGACAUCUGGUUGUGCCACUCCACUGGUGGCAAAUGCUACAACUUCACUGCCUUUGUAAGCGCCGCUACUGUUGCAUUACCUUCACGCAUCAUUCGGGUCUUCUUCUUCUUCGUCAAAUCACUCCUUUUCCUGGUUCUUCAGCAACCGGCGAUCGAUGUGCUCAAGGAAAUCCAGGUUUUCCUUGAAGCAAACCCUUCGGAGGUCGUCACGAUAAUUAUCGAGGACUACGUCACCUCCCCCAUGGGCCUCACCAAAGUCUUCAACGCUUCCGGACUGCUCAAGUACUGGUUCCCGGUCUCAAGAAUGCCCAAGAAUGGCGGGGACUGGCCGCUGCUCAGCGACAUGAUCAGCCGAAACCAGCGCCUGCUGGUGUUCACCUCCAAGUCCGCCAAAGAAGCAUCCGAGGGCAUCGCCUACGAGUGGACGUACAUCGUGGAGAAUCAAUAUGGAGACGGAGGCAUGGAGGCAGGCGCGUGCCCGAACCGAGCGGAGUCGUCGCCCAUGAACACCACGUCGAGGUCGCUGGUGCUGAUGAACUACUUCCCCACCAUUCCAAACCUAGCGACGGCCUGCAAGCACAACUCCGCCCCGCUUCUGAGCAUGCUGAACACCUGCCAUAACUUGUCGGCGAAUCGCUGGCCCAACUUUAUAGCCGUCGACUUCUACAAGAGAAGUAAUGGAGGUGGAGCACCGGAAGCCACGGACGUAGCCAACGGGCGCUUGGUUUGUGGAUGCGACAACAUUGCCUACUGCAAGGUAAAUGCCUCGUUUGGGGUCUGCGAAGUUCCACCUCCGCCGGCGCCGACGACCAACUCGUCCGGCGCGAAUGGGAACUCUUCCGGCUCGUCGAUCGCGUUGCUUCUUGCACAUCAAAUCCGAUACUUGUGGUUGGCAGUGAUCAUGUCGAUCUGCAUCAGCAUUAGAUAGUCUGGUUUUGGAUGUGUGUGGAUGGGACAGAAAGUGUUUCUGCUCAGAAAAUAAUUGAUGAUUGAGCAAUUGUAUUUGAUAAAAUUAUAUAUAUUUUUAGUUUGGUUACCAA